AAAAAAUGUAAGUUUAUCUGGGCUACCCGACCCGUUAUUAGAAGGUAAUUGUCCAUUAUAAUUGGGCCUUUUCAAUCACCAGAUUCACCGUUGACCGCUUCUCUUUCUGUUCAUUCUCAAUGGCAGAGCAGAAAGAAGAAACAAAAGUCAACCAAAAAUCUCAUUCUUUUGUGGAGGUGAUUUGCAAAAGCACUGGCAAGACUUGGCGAUUUGCUGCUGGAACAGAGGCAAAAUUCGCGUUGAAAUUUAUCAAUGCCAGUAGGAUUGAUUCUAUCGUGGCAAACACACCUGUAACCUACAUUGAAGCUGUUAAAGAUGGGGAAGUGCCUGUGAUUUUUGGUCCCAAUUCAAUUCUUGUGAAUUAUGGCGAAGGAUGGAAAUUGCAGCCAGCCACCGAGACAACAACAGGUUUUUCAAGAGGGAUGCCUGAUGACUACGCAGCAGUGCGACCAGCAUAUGUUCCUCAGGCUUCGGACAACUCACAUUCUGAAAGGAGAAAAUCACAAGCUGCUCUAAGCCCUAUCUACAUCGGAAAGAUAUUGCUUGUAUUUAUUCUAAUGUUUUUGAUUGGUGCCGUCUUCACCUUGUUUCUGGAUAAUCUUCCACAGCUAUUAUCUAGAUAUGGGCUCGACCAUUGAAUAGCAUCUGGAGAUGCAUAUAGCCUGUAUUUAAGAGCAUCUGCUUGUGUAGAAAUCUGAAAUAUUUGCCUGUGUCAUGUUAUAUUGUAAGGCUCUUCUAAAAGAACCGUUGCUAUGCUUGCCAUCACUUGUUGGCUUAUUGCUGUUUCUGCAAAUCUGAUAGUGAAAAUCUUUGAACUUC